GACGGCGCCCCCGGAGCCGCCGCGCUCGCGUCCCUGCUGCUCCCGGGGCUGGUGAUGGAGGAGCGGCCGCAUGAACGCUCGAAGUCCAGGCCCAGGAGGAGCUGCGCGAGCAAGGAGAAUGCCCCCCUGCUGCUGCCGGGCUCGGAGACGCCGACCGUGGCUUCUCCGUCCCUGCUGGCCUAG